UGUAUAAAAACGGGAAGCCUGUUUACACUGUCACCAUAAGGUUUCUUGCACUGAACUGAAUCAUGGAGGAGAGCUUCCCUUUUCAUUACUCUUUAUGGGAAUAUCUGUUUUCUUGGGUGGGAUUGAUAUUUUUCCUGCUGGAUAUAGUAAUGGACAUCUUGACUGUUGUGUCACUUUAUCAGCAGGAGAAUUAUGUGUCUAUGGGGCUGAUGAUCUUUUUUCUACUGGGCUCCUCAGUGCUAUUACAGAUAUUCAGUUGGGUCUGGUACUCUGACUCUCUGCAUGAGCUUGAAACUAAGGUGGAGAAAUUUGCAAAGAAAAAAAAAUUGAUCAAACCAUUACACUUUCUACAGCUUGGUGUUUACCUCAGGUAUACUGGGCUGAUGGAGAUCUCGACGACGCAUUUUAUUCGUCAGACUAAUACUUUCACCGAGGGUGUAACUGUGUACUUGAGCCAUGAUCUUCAGAUGCUUCGUCUAUUUGAGGCGUUUUCUGAAAGUGCUCCGCAGCUAAUACUCAUGAUGACUUUAACUCUACAAAGAGGAGAGUUUGAGAUUUUUACAGGUUUGAAACUCCUCUCAUCAGUGGCCUCAAUUGCCAGUACUGUUACCACGUACCACCGCGGCAUGCGUGCUUUUCUUGAAGAUAAACACAAGAUGAGAUGGACCUCGACUGCUUUCUACUUCCUGUGGAACUUUCUGCUGAUGAUUCCCCGUGUGGCCGCUCUGGCGCUCUUCUCCAGUGUAUUUCCGUGCUACAUCACUGCUCAUUUUCUAUCUUCGUGGAUGGUGCUGGUUUUGGUGGCCUGGAGCCAGAAAACAGAUCUAAUGAAAAGACAUUGGGAAUGGCUUUACAGAGCUACUGUUGGACUCAUCUGGUACUUCAGCUGGUUUAACGUGUCUGAAGGAAGUAUAAAAUUAAAGAGUGUCGUUUAUUAUAGUCUCAUGGGUUUGGACACGAUUAUGCUACUGGGCUUCUGGUGCUGGAAGGUGGUUGAGUAUGCAGACUGUUGGAGUAUGUUAAAUCCUUAUAUAGUGGUUCCAACACUACUGGGUUUGUAUGUGAUUGGAAUUCUAGUGGAAAUAAUAUACUACAGAUGGUUUCAUCCUACCUGUGACAAAAACAAAAUAGCUGAACCCAUUACAGCAAUUUCAGACAAUGCAGGGUCGCCUGCAAUUACAGAUGAAGGUCCUUCUCCACCUGUCACUGGAGCUGUCAAGAGAAGCAGGACUUUGGCUGCUAAUUUCUUCUAGUUAAACAUUUUAUUUCCCUUCACACAUCUUUCCAACAUCACUCAUUCUUUUCCCAAAUCUAUAAUAAUGUAUAACACAGAAAAUUCCUUUUUUUUUAUAAUUUUUUUUUUUUUAUUACAAAAAACAUUUAGCUAAAAAAGUAUUUUAGAUCAUUUAAACAUGAUGGUCUCACCUUUGUGUUUUUUAAAUACCAUGUACUUGUAUAAAAAAAGAUGAACUAUUAUGUUGUUUUGCAAAACAUUUUGUUAUUGUUGUUUAGAUAUGAUAUGGUUAGUGUUAGAACAGAUUUGGAGAAUUAUGUGUAUUUGCUUCAGCAGUGUAGUUACAGAUGUAUUCCAGAUCUUGAGCCAAGUGUGCCAUUGUCAAAACCUUAAACACAAUAAACAUUUCACAUAAAAAUUCAGAUUAUGGA